AUGGCGGCAAAAGCGGUCGCCGGCGUCUCGUUCCUCUCCUUGUCAUGCCCGCGAACCCACCGGGCUUUGAUCUGGGCUCGGCAGGGACUCGGCCGCGGCUUCGCGGUGAGCACCGCCUGCAUAGGCCUCGUGCAAUCCAUUCCUACUAAAUGGCACUACCUUGUGCCACCAGCGUCCUUUGCAACCGCUUCGGCAGCGUCCUUCGACAUCUUCCAAAAAUUGAAAGAUCCCCCAGAGGCCGGCGAAGAAGACGAUGCGGCAGCAAAGAAGAGGAAACCUUCGGACCGCGUGAUCAGAUUGGUUGAUGAGGUCAUGAACUUGACUUUGAUUGAGGCAGCAGAUCUGUGUGAUCUAUGCCAGGAAAAGCUGGCUGAGAGGUCCGGAGGUCCCACUUUCAAUGCGGCAGCGGUCGCAGGACGGACGCCUUUUCCUCAUCCAGCGAGCAUGUUCGCCGGCAUGGUUAUGCCUGGCAUGAUGGGAAGCAUGGCGGCUCCUGGGGGAAUGAUGCCACCGGCGGCUGGGGCCGUACCGACAGCUUGUGCGGCGGUCGGCAAUGCUGCUCAAGCAGCGGCAACCGAGGUUCCUGCAGAGAACAAAACUGAGAAAAAGGAAGAAGCCAAAGCGGCGUUUUCGAUCAAGCUUCUCGGGUUCGAUGCGCCGAAGAAGGUCGCAGUGGUCAAGGAAGUUCGUGCUAUCACCGCUCUUGGCUUGAAGGAGAGCAAAGAUCUUGUCGAGCAGGCCCCAAAGAUUAUUAAGAAAGCUGUGCCAGCAGCGGAGGCAGAGGCGCUUAAGGUGAAACUGGAGGCUGCGGGUGCGCAAGUAUUGCUGGAGUGA